AAACACAAUCUGUGUCUGUGUCCUAAGUUGUGUAUUAAGUGUUUUCAUAUUCAAUUUGGUUUAUGGUCUAUAUUAUGCAGAUCAAACUUCCAGUUUAUCUGGCCAUGGGAAGAGUGGGCUUAUGUCCUAGAGCUCCCAAAGUGGGCUCCACAACGUGUCUUUGUCCAAGAGGUUUUGGAGAGGGAAGUUCGCUUGUCAUACUGGGACAAAGUUAAGCAGAGUAUUGAAAAUGCACCUCGUUUGGAAGAAUUGCUUCCUCCUAAAAGCGGGCCAAAUUUUAGUUUUGGUUCAGAAGAUGGUAAAGAAAGCAAUGAGCAUGCACUGUCUGGAAAGCUCAACGGCAUGGUUAAAGGGAAGUCACCUGUCCGUGAAAUAAUCUCUUGGAUUGAUGAAAGUGUGCUUCCAAAUAAUGGUCUAGAAGUUACCCUCAGAGUGAUUGUACAAACUCUUCUCAAUAUUGGAUCCAAGAGUUUCACUCAUUUGAUAACUGUCUUGGAGAGAUACGCACAAGUCUUUGCGAAAGUAUGUCCGGAUGAGGAUCGACAAGUCAUGCUGAUAGCUGAAGUGAGUUCUUUCUGGAAGAGUAACACACAAAUGACAGCAAUAGCUAUUGACAGGAUGAUGGGUUAUCGACUUGUAUCAAAUCUGGCUAUUGUGAGAUGGGUCUUCUCAGCAGAAAAUAUUGAGCAAUUUCAUACAUCGGAUCGUCCAUGGGAGAUUCUGAGAAAUGCAGUAAGCAAGACACAUAAUCGUAUUUCUGAUUUACGGAAAGAAAUAUUAACUAUUAAAAAGAACAUUUCAUCUGCCGAAGAAGCUGCCAAGGAGGCAAAAGCUGAGCUAGAUGCUGCAGAGUCAAAACUUACACUUGUGGAUGGUGAACCAGUUCUUGGUGAAAAUCCUGUUAGAUUGAAUAGAUUGAAAUCACAUGCUGAAAAGGCAACGGAGGACGUGCUGACUGUUAAAGAAUCCUUAGAAUCUAAGGAAGCUCUUCUUGUCCGAGCAAUUGAGGAAAAUGAGGCAUUAUUUCUCUUGUUGUACAAAAGCUUCUCAAAUGUGUUGACAGAGCGGCUUCCUGAAGGAACUAGAACACUGCAUGAGUUGAAGUCUGUGCAAGUAGAUGUGAUGGCAGUGGACGCUGAAGAGCCACCAACAAUGGAAUUAGAUGACGAAAACCAGAGAUCUCAAAACAGUCAGUCAAAUGGAGAGAAGAAAGGUGGUGCUUAUGUUGUAGGUGAAAAGGAGCAGUGGUGUAUCACCACUUUGGGCUAUGUGAAGGCUUUUUCUAGGCAGUAUGCUGCUGAGAUAUGGCCCCAUGUUGAAAAGUUGGAUGCAGAGGUAUUGACAGAAGAAACACCUUAUCUUUUUAGGUCAGCUGUUUAUACUGGUCUUCGAAGACCGAUUCACGAGGCAUGAUCAAUUUGUUACUUCACCUCUGAGCUAUGUUAUUUAGAAUAUAACUUAAUUCCAUUCUUUAGUCUGCUAGUUAAGCAUUUUUAGUCUGCUAAAAGCCUAAAACUGUAUGCAAUUGUAAUUUAAAAAUGACAAGGUUGGUAUGACGAGUCUCUACAUCUUAGAUUCUAACAGGGACUUUAUCACCGCUGCUGUACAUUAGAUUUCGAUUAUAGCUUUUAAUUGGACCUCAAAUACCCAAAAAAAAAAUGGAGUUUGAACUAUACUUCUGUUUCACUUAGUAGUAAAAUGAAAAUUGAGUUGUGAUUAUUUGCAUUCAAAUGUGCUUUUUUAUUGGCCUAUGAUGCCUCUUUUGAUCGAGAAGUAAAAUCUUAUAUACCCUCCGGAAAAAAAGAAGCUUAAAGAGAAUAAGUAGAUUCAAAAUACUAAACUUGAUGUUAGCCAAAAGUAAUUUGAUUAAUUAUAUACAUUAUUUGACUGCUUCAUAAGUUGAGUUUGAUAUAAAUGUAUAAUUUGACAAAACAUCAAAUUUCAGAUUGGUGAUUAGAAACACCGCAUUGAGUAGU